CUAUGACUGGAUGGCAUACACAUGAAGCUAACCUCACACCGUAUUGGAUAUGCCAAGUCCUAACUUCAGCAUGGUUCCGGCAAGGACUGCAUGCAUGGAGCUAUCUCCGGCGGUUCCCGAUCUUCCAGCUUUAGCACUGCAGGUGGUGGGCUCGUUCCUACCGCAGCGCUCGGUCGCGGCCUGCAGGCUCGUGUGUCGCCAGUGGCGGGCGGCGUUCACGGGCAGCGUGCAGCAUGUAUGCAUCCAGGUGCUCCUGGACCCGCACCUCACGGACCUGCAGAUAGCUGCCGCUGCCGCCGCCUUCCCCGCCGCCACCUCCGCCACGCUGCUGCUGCCCAACUGCGCCUUCGCGCCCUUCAACCCCUACGACAGCGCCGGUGCCGUAACCGCCGCCCGCACCGCACUGGGCCGCCGCAGCGCCGCGGCUAAUGAGGCGCGACGGGCGGCGCUGCGAGCGGCGGCCGAGCAGCAGCAGCAGCAGGAACAAGGACAGCAGCAGCGGCGGCAGCAGCAGCAUGGGACACUGGCAGAGGCUGAAAGCGCAAGAGGCGCCGCGGCUGCAGGCGCAGAAGCGGCGCGCGCCCCCUCCACCUCUCCUUCCCCUUUCCCUUCCCUAGACCCGCAUGACGCAGGCAGGGCUGCCGUACAUGCCGCCCUGCAGUCGCUCCGAAACCACCUGCCCGGCCUGCAGCGACUGCAGAUCGGAGACGCGCAGCGCCCCACACCCCGCCCCGGACCCCUCGCCGCCCUCGCGCAGUGCCUCCCCACCCCCUCCUUCUCCUGCUCCACCACCCCCGCCACCCCCACUGCCGUACAGCUGCUGGCGGUGGCUCACACCUCGCUGCCCUCCGCGCCCGCCGCCUGCAGCUGGAGCUACCCCGCCAGCCUGGUGCCGCUGGAGGGGGCGGUGGGGUGGGCGCACCACCAGCAGGACGUGGCGCAGCAGGCGGCGGAGCAGGCGGUGGCGGCGGCACACCGGGC